CGUUGGUCGCCGCUAUCCUCUCGACGCGUGCCCCUUCUCCAUCCCCUAUCUGACCAUCAGCGACGGAGCAACGAUAGUGCUCUGCCAUGGGCGUACGACGACGACGGGGCUGGCUACGGCUGCUGCUCCACUACGCGGAGAGCCCUAUGAGGACCAGGGGAGGCUGCGCUCUUGGAUUGGUGUCUCUCCCACAUCACGUCUUGCUUUGGGGGGAGGGAGGGGGCAUCUUUGCCUCCCUCAGCUACUUCUCGCUAAGGUUGCGGGCUCCAAUUGGCGUCUCUCCCACACAUCGCAUCUUCUUUUGGGGGGAGGGAGGGGGGCAUCUUUGCCUUCGUCAGCUAAUGCUCGCUAAGAAAUGACAUGGAGCCAUCCAGAUUCGUUCGCAUCUGCCCGCGGAAGCGUCCACAUGGUACUUGGUGAUAUCAUUAUAGUUUCGUAUGCAAGCCUCGGAGUUAGCAAGGCCAUUAGCGAUCCUUUUUUUCCCUGAUUCACACUUUUGCUCACCAAUAGAUGGGUCCUCCAUAUCAUCUGCUGCCAAUAAGCACUUAGAGCUCACGGGUGGUGUGUCAUGUGCCAUAGAUGAGCCGUCAUCAUCCCACGGUGCCACUGGGUUCUCAAUGCUCACGGGUAGUUCAUCAUGCACUAUAGGGAGUUGUGGAGCUGGCCACAUUCAGUCUUCUCGACCCAACAGAGAUCAUUUUUGCCCAAUAGUGCCAGCACGUGUUGCUCGAGUGAACCGGGAAAAAAGACAGGCCGCUAGGAAAAUGCGUCUUAUUUUGCGACAAGAACAUGUGCCGCGUUCACUGUCGAUGAGAUUCACAUAUUCCAUACCAAAGGAGCACAUGCAAAUUCUUAAAGGUUUCCUUUCCGCUCUUAUAGCUACGUACCCAGAUCGCUCCUAUUAUGGUGGCCCUGACUAUGAAUGCAAUCAUUGUGGUGCAUUAUUUUGGUACCAAGAAAGGGUUGUUAGCCAGAGCUCGCACAGAGCCAAGAGGAUUGCAUACAAUCUGUGUUGUCGUGGUGGAAAGAUCUCCUUACCCGCACCCAAGCCUUUUCCUCCUAUCUUACAAGACUUGAUUCGUUUUGAUGGCGGUGCCCAUUCCAACUCUUUCAUGCGACUCAUCAGGCAAUAUAAUUCAUUAUUUGCAUUCACAUCGCUUGGGGCUAACAUUGAUAGGAGCAUAAACACUGGUCCGGGGCCUUAUGUUUUCAUAUCAAUGGUGUUGUCCAUCACAGAAUUGGUUCUCUGGUUCCUGCUCCUGGACAACGUCCGGAAUUCGCCCAGCUGUACAUAUAUGACACCGCCAAUGAGCUCCAGAAUAGGCUUAAUAUUUUUGAUCACACUGAUAAUCCUGGGGAUGUCCCUGAUCCUGUUAUUGUGCAAGAGCUUAUCUCGAUGCUUGAUCAGUUCAAUCCUCUUGUGCAGCAGUUCCGUCUUGCUCGAAACAAGCUGCUUUCUUCAAGUGCUCCUGAGAUUGCUAUCAAGCUCAUUGGGUCAGGCCAUUCUCAGAGUGACCGUUACAGCCUUCCCACCACCUCUGAGUUGGCAGCACUGAUUAUACCUAGUGCAUCUUGUGAGGUAUCAAAGUUUGAUGUCAUUGUGCAGAAGCAUUCAGGUGAGUUAUGUCAGUUGUCACCUAUUCAUCCAGCCCUUAUGUCAUUGCAGUACCCGCUUCUAUUCCCAUAUGGUGAUGUGGGUUUUCAUACUGGUAUCAAGCUUAGAGAGGUAGAUGAUCAGCCACCCGGUAGUCACGACGAAGCAUCGAUGCUUGAAUUUUAUCGGUACGAGUCCCACUAUCGAAAGGAUGAGCCCAAUCCAUUCACCUGUUGUGGUAGGCUUUCUGAUCAGCUCGCUGUGAAUGCUUUCUCAUGUAUAGAGACAUCUCGACUCAUAUACCAUGCCCUCAACCAGAAAAAACUUCGCUCUGAGACACAUCAAGGUAUAUCUGAUGCUGUUGCUAGGGGAGACAGUGAUGGAAAGGAUGUUGGCACCAAGUAAUUUUGCCAUCAAGUUUCAUAGGAGGAAGGCGAUACAUGGUUCAAAACUACCAUGAUUCAAUGGCAAUCUGCCGUUCUUACGGUCCUCCUCAAAUAUUCUCAACUUUCACCUGCAAUUCUAAAUGGCCAGAGAUUAUUGAAGCUAUUCGUUUUGAGGCAGGGCAAAAACCAAGUGAUAGAAGUGAUAUGGUCACACGUGUUUACCAUAUGAAGCUAGAUGAGUACAUCACAUCUAUUAAGAAUGGAGAAGCCUUCGGUCCCAUAAAAGCUGUUGUGUACACUGUUGAGUUCCAAAAAAGAGGAUUGCCGCAUUCCCACACAUUAACAUGGCUCACAGCUCAAUCUGAAGAUCCUUCACCUGCAUUCAUUGACAACCUAAUCUGUGCUGAGAUACCAGAUAUAACAGCUGAUAGGUGUGGGUUGGUCUUGUUGAUGAAUUCAUGAUACAUGGCCCAUGUGGUGAGCACAAUCCAAGCAGCCCUUGCAUGAAGGAUGGUCGGUGUUCAAAGGGCUAUCCAAAACAGUUCUGUGAUGUUACUACCAUAGAUGAUGAUGGAUAUCCUAUUUAUCGAUGACGCAAUGAUGGCUGCUAUGUGGUGAAGAAUGGUGUUUCACUAGAUAACCGGUGGGUUGUCCCUUAUAAUCCAGCUCUUCUGAAGAAAUUCCAAGCUCAUAUCAAUGUGGAAUGGUGCAAUAAAACAUACCUUAUCAAGUACCUUUUUAAGUAUAUAAAUAAGGGAAGUGAUUCGACUAUGUUCGUUUUCAGCCACAGGACUUCAGAAAAGACAGAGGCUCAUACUGCUAGCAAUGGAGGCAUAGAUGAGGUUAUGCAACACAUCAAAUCCAGAUACCUAUCAACUUGUGAAUCAUUCUGGAGAUUAUAUGGUUUUGAGAUCCAUGGAAGGAGUCCUUCUGUUGAACGCCUCAUUGUGCACUUGCCGAGCAUGCAGUUCGUGACAUACCAUGAUGGAGCUGACCUUGAAGAGGUCAUAGAAGACCCUGAUUCCUCUAGAACAAUGCUUACUGAAUGGUUGCUACCAACCAACGUCACAUCUUUGCCAGGGAUCUCACCUAUUGUGAAUUUCCUACCAAGUUUAGCUGGGAUCCUGAGAAGAAAGUUUGGACAAAGCGUAAAAGAGGAACCAAGAUAGGGAGAUUAAGGCACAUCCAUCCAAGUACUGGGAGCCGUUCUACCUUAGAAUGUUGCUCAUGGUAGUUCGAGGAUGUAUGAGUUUUGAAGAUAUUAGGACAUAUGAAGGUGUGCUGUAUGGCACCUAUCGUGAAGCCUGUCAGGCACGUGGUCUCAUUGGUGAUGACGCUGAAUGGGAUCACCUCUUUGAGGAGGCAGUUAUCUGGGCUACUUCAUACCAGCUCAGGAACCUUUUCAUGACUGUACUAGCACACUGUGAUGUAGGUGAUGUUAGGGUUUUGUUUGAUAAGUACUGGAGAUACAUGGUAGAUGAUUUUGCUUACAAGUUAACCAAAGCUCUUGGAGUACAGCGCACAGCUAUUCCAGAAGUUAUGUUGCAGGAUACCUUGCUCAAAGAGUUGGAUGCCAUGUUCUCAAAUAAUGGCUUAUCAAUCUCAUCAUACAAUUUGCCAACACCAGUUGAUUGUUCAGGAUCCAGUGCAGCAAACAGGCUUAUCUUAGAAGAUCUUAGCUUUAACCAACAUAGCCUCCAUCAAGAAUCUUUGUCCAUGUAUGCCAGCUUGAACAAUGACCAGAAGAUGAUAUAUGACAAGAUUUUUGACAGGAUAGACCAUCACGAAAAGUGUAUUUUUUUUUAUAUCUGGACAUGGUGGAACGGGGAAGACAUUCUUGUGGAAUGCUAUUAUGGCAAACCUGAGAUCAAGAGGUGAAAUUGUUCUUGCAGUUGCCUCUUCUGGGGUUGCAGCUCUACUCAUGCCUGGUGGAAGGAUUGCUCAUUCAUGGUUUCGGAUACCUAUAGAUAUACAUGAUCGGUCGAUGUGUGCUAUUCGUAGAGGGACAAUCCUAGGAGAUCUUAUUAGGAAAGCAUCAUUGAUUAUAUGGGAUGAGGCGCCUAUGACACACAAGCUGUGCUUUGAGGCAUUGGAUAGAACUCUACGAGAUAUUCAAUCCGCUGAUGAACCAGCUAAUGAAUAUAAGCCUUUUGGAGGUAAACCCAUUUUACUUGGUGGUGAUUUUAGGCAAGUCUUACCGGUGAUUGAGAAAGGUACAAGAGCUGAUGUGGUAGAUGCUUCGCUGGUUAGGUCUGCACUAUGGAAGCAUGUUGAAGUCUUACACCUUACCACUAACAUGAGGCUACAUAAUCCAUCCCUGUCGCAGCAAGCCAGGGGUGAAUUGGCAGAGUUUGCUAAAUGGGUUCUUGACAUUGGUGAGGGUCGUGCUCCCAUGAACAAAAGACAAGGUGAGGUUGAGAGGACAUGGAUAGAGAUACCUAAGGAGUUGCUGCUUACUCCCUGCGGUGACAAGAUUACAGCUAUAAUUGAUGCUGUGUACCCAGAUUUUGAAUUGAACUAUGACUGCAUUCCUUACCUUUCUCAGCGUGCAAUUGUCUGUCCUGUCAAUACAGUUGUUGAUGAGAUUAAUGAUAAUAUGCUUGCUAAAGUGCCUGGGGAUGCAAAGGACUAUCUUAGCAGCGACACUAUUUCAAAUACACUUGAAAAGCCUGUAGAUUUUGAUCUAUUGUACCCCAUAGAAUUUCUAAACUCAAUAUCCAUAAACAAUUUCCAGGAACAUCGCAUAUCCCUCAAAAUUGGUUCAGCUGUAGUCCUGCUUCGCAACAUUAACCAAUCACUCGGCCUUUGCAAUGAGACAAGAUUGAUGGUCAUCCGACUCAGUGAUUAUGUUUUCGAGUCCAAAAUCAUGACUGGCACAAAUAUUGGCCAGCUGGUCUGUAUUCCAUGGAUUGUCCUAAGUGGGAACAGUCCAAAGUGGCCUUUCACGCUCCAGCGAAGGCAGUUCCCAAUUAGGCUAUGUUAUGCAAUGACAAUAAACAAAUGCCAAGGGCAAACUUUGGGGAAUGUUGGUGUAUACCUCAGAAACCCUGUCUUCACACAUGGUCAGCUAUAUGUCGCUGUUUCGCGCGCUACAUCGAAGCAAGGCCUCAAGUUGUUGAUAGAGGAUGAUGAUGGCAAGCCUUGUUCCACUACCAGGAACAUCGUCUACACUGAAAUAUUAUCGUUGCUAUAGAUUAAUCUUAUUGUCAGUUUGUCACUGUGACUGCGGCUAGGAAACUUUGCUCCUUUUGUUCACCUGUUUCUUCUAUGAUCCCAUUUCUCCGUGUUACUGUUUGCUUGUGUAACUUAAGCAAGAACUCAUGGUCAUACAGUGUUCUAUCCACAAUGACUAUCCAUAUUUUUGGUUUUCGCUAUUUGUUACUGCUUUCUUUUUACCCUUCAAUGAGUUGUUGUUCAUACUUGUGUUCUUCCUAUUUGACCAGUUGAUUGUUGCAGUGU